GGAGGGACCCGGAUCCUGCCGACCGCUGCCUGCUCUAAGCUGAGGUGCUCUGCCACCAUGGUCUCGGACGAAGAUGAAUUGAAUCUUCUAGUUAUCAUAGUUGAUACCAACCCAAUUUGGUGGGGAAAACAAGCACUGAAGGAAUCUCAGUUUACUUUAUCCAAAUGCAUAGAUGCUGUGAUGGUGAUGGGAAAUUCCCAUUUAUUCAUGAAUCGUUCUAACAAACUUGCUGUGAUAGCAAGUCAUAUUCAUGAAAGUCGAUUUUUAUAUCCUGGGAAAAACGGCAGACUUGGGGACUUCUUCGGAGACCCUGGCAACCCUCCUCCUGAAUUUAAUCCCACAGGAAGUAAAGAUGGAAAAUACGAGCUGUUAACAGCAGCAAAUGAAGUUAUUGUUGAAGAGAUUAAAGAUCUAAUGACCAAGAGUGACAUAAAGGGUCAACAUACAGAAACUCUGCUGGCAGGAUCCCUGGCCAAAGCCCUUUGCUAAAUUAAGACAUUCACAGAAUGAACAAGGAAGUUAAAGAUAAUCAAGAAAUGAAAUCAAGGAUAUUGGUGAUUAAGGCUGCAGAAGACAGUGCAUUGCAAUAUAUGAACUUCAUGAAUGUCAUCUUUGCAGCACAGAAACAGAAUAUUUUGAUUGAUGCCUGCGUUUUAGACUCUGAUUCAGGGCUCCUCCAACAGGCUUGUGACAUCACAGGAGGCCUGUACUUGAAGGUCCCUCAGAUGCCCUCACUUCUACAGUAUUUGCUGUGGGUUUUCCUUCCUGAUCAAGAUCAGAGAUCUCAGUUAAUCCUCCCACCCCCAGUUCAUGUUGAUUACAGGGCCGCCUGCUUCUGUCAUCGAAAUCUCAUUGAAAUUGGCUAUGUCUGUUCUGUGUGUCUGUCAAUAUUCUGCAACUUCAGCCCUAUCUGCACUACGUGCGAGACAGCCUUUAAGAUCUCUCUGCCUCCAGUACUGAAGGCCAAGAAAAAGAAACUGAAAGCAUCUGCAUGAGGA